AACCCCGACACCAUUUCAAAAGGAGUGCACCGCCUGGCCGACCUCCUCAGGGACUCGAGCUGGCAGAGGGACACGCUCGAGCGGCACGUGUCGGGCGUCACGCAGGAGCUCAGGGAGAAGAGAAGGAUGUUGGAGGAAGCCGAGAGCGCGAGGGCCGAGCUAGAACGCGAGUGUGAGGACCUCAGAGACCAGUUGGAGGAGGUGCAGAAGGGCGAACGACCCACUCCCGAAGGAGGACCUCGGGCAGGAGGAGGAGGUCUUCCAACAAUUGAGGAGGAGGAGGACGCUGAGGGCGAGGGCGAGGGUGCCGAGAGGGAAGUGAAGGAGGCGAGGAGGAGUCCCACUGGUCUUGGCGGAGAGGACGAGGAGGAAGGGGAGGUUGCCAAGAUGGGCAUGGAGGAAGGAGGGAAGGAUGGAAAGGUCAGGAAGAGGGAUGGAAGGGAUGCGAAAAAGGAACAGGCGGAGGACGAAGAGGAGUCGUCUAGGCUGAGUAGGAUCCACUACCUCGAAGCUCAGGUUGAAGCCCUCUCGGAAGCACGCAGGAACCUCGAGAUUGAGGUUGUGCGCCUCAGGGCAGAGCAAGGGGACGCCCUCGCCAGGCUGAGGGACAGGGAAGAAGGCCGUGCGGGAAAUAUCCUCAACCUCGAGACGGAAGCUGCGUCCUUGAGGCAAGUCAAGGUUGUACUCGAGGAGGAGGUUGGGACGCUGAAGGCUGAGGGUCACAGGAGGAAGGAGGAAAAGGAGAGGUUGGAGGAGGAGGUUAGGGCGCUGAGGCAAGAAGGACACGCAAUAAGAGAAGAGAAAGAGAGGCUCAUGGGUCAGCUCGACACCCUGACGAGGCAGCUAGACCUGGAGGCCGUCACCCACAAGGACGAGCGUGAAGGUCUGGAGGAGAAACAGCAUGCCCUCGAAGAAAAGAUCCGCACCCUGGAGGACGAGCUGGGACACCUCAGAGCCUCAGAGGGACUUAAUGCACACGAGAGACAGUCCCUCGGCCAGCAGCUCCUCCUCCAAUAUCGCGCUGUUGAAGAGCGUAACGAAUUAAUUUCCAGGCUAGAGGGAGAGCUCCACGACAUGACCCUAAAGCAAGCUGUCCUUCAAGCGCCAGAAAGGACCCUAGAGGACCUGAGGAUGCAGCUGGAGGAGCGAGAAAAGGAACUCAACGCGGCCAAAUCCCAGAUCAUAUUCAAAGAUGAUAAAGUGGACGAACUGAACCAAAGUCUGUCAGAACUCAGGGGCAAGAUAACAGAACUGACAAAGAGUUUGUCAGAACGUGACGAGAAACUCCGAGAACUGAGCAAGGAGAUUCAAAAACGAGACGAAAAGGUUAGUGAAUUAACGCAGAAUUUAUCCGAAAAUAAUGAUAAAGUGAAUGAAAUGACGCUAGAGAAAAUGACGGAAGUGUCUGCUCUUAAAGAACAGGUUGAAAGGGAAAGAGAAGAAAUAGAGAGGAAGAGAGAGGAGGUAGAAAGAAAGGAAGAAGAAUUGGAAAGAAAGAAUGGGGAGAUGGAACAGAAGAAAGAGGAGAUAGAAAGGGACAGAGAAGAAUUGAAAAUAAACAAAGAGGAAUUAGAAAGGAAUAGAGAUCAGCUAGAUCACAGCGAAACGGAAUUAUUCCAACUACGGGAGAAAAUGGAAGAACUGAUAAAUGAGAAUAAAAGGAGAGAGGAAGAGCAAAAGGAGAAGAGAGAGGAAGAAGAGAAGAAGAAGACAGAAGAGAGAGAGACCUGGAAUAAAGAGAAGGAAGCGCUCGAAAGGGUAAAGGAAAACCUCGUACAAGAGAUAGAGAAAGCGAAAUUGAGAGAAUCAGAGAGAGAGAAACAGGACGACAGCACAAUCAAGCAAAGGAGGGAAGAAGAGGAGAGAGAAGAAGAAGAAAGAAACAGGAUGAAGCAACAGAUUGAAUGCUUCAGAGGAGAGAGAGAAGAGAUGAUAAAAGCGCUGAAACAGAAACACGAAGAGAGCUUAGCAUAUCAUGCGGAGGUGCAGAGACUAUCAGCUGUGUUAAUGCAGAUGAACGAGCACACAAAGGAAUUUGAAAGAGCAAAGAAGGAGGAGGAGGAGAAGAUGAAAACGGAACUGGAGAAAACCAAGAAGGAAGAAGAGAGGGUAAAGGUGGAAUUGGAGAAGGCGAGGAGAGAGGAGGAGAAAGCGAGGAGGGAGGAGGAGAGGGCGAAGAGAGAGCAAGGCGAAUGGGAGAAGGGGCAGAAGGCAAUAACGGAGGAGAGAGACCAGCUGCGAUUGGCAAAUGCGCAGUUUAAUAACCAGUAUCAGGAACAAAGCAAAGAGCUGGCCCAACUCCGCGAGCGUGAGACCAGACUGGCGAGCGAGUGUGAGAGACUGCGGCAACACCUGAUAAACGUGGAAGAGGCAUACACGCAGGAGAUAGUGAAAGGUGAAGAGAGGGAGACGACGCUAAAGAAGGCGCUGAGCAAGAUGGAGGAGAGGAUGGCGACAGUGGCGGCCAGAUGCAACUCCAAGAAGCACAGAACGGACUGGACGCCGCCUCUCGACUCGGCGAACAGUUGAACCGGAAGGAGAGCGUCAUUGCAUCCCUCAGGGCGCAGGGUAAGUGUUCCAAAUAACCGUCCCCAUUAAUGUUCGGUGGGGGAGAGGUCGAAGGCUGACGGACGGAAGGAGCUAUUGAGACAGACAGAAGGAAAGAGAAAUUGAGUGACAGACAGACACACGGAGAGAGCAACAAACACAAAGUAAGAGAGAUAGAAAGAAAGAUAGGCAGAUGAAAAGAGA